AUGAGGAAAUAUAACUACUCCGUCAAAGAGAUAGAACGUAUGCGAAACGACUAUGCUGACUUAAAGAAAGAAGUAGAGAAACCAGCAGAAGAUAAAAUGGACAUGUUGACAUUUCUGAACAAAAACUAUCCAACAGCUGACGAUUUCCUUCUUUCAGAUGUCAAGAAGAAAUAUAAAGAAACCUUCGGCAUUGUUAAAACAUUCGAUGUACUGACAGAAGAAAUAGAAGCUACGAAAUUGUUUAGAAUUUCACGAAUUCACAAUGUUUACCAUGUAAAACGCUUAUAA